AGACACCUGCAGAAUAAGCGUGCCCGUGCACAGAAUUGGAAAAUUGCAGUAAUGCAGUCAUGGGCUGCUGUGUUACGACAGUGACGUGUGUUGCCGUAAAGCGUUUUUCCCGCCAUGCGGAGAGUUGGAGAAGCAGCGCAGUUCACGUGGUUCCACCUUGAGCCCUCCUUCCAUGUCCGUGCGUCCUUGGACAUAACAGGAAUGUCAUGUCGGGAGGGUGCUGGAACCUAUCCCAGCUGCAUGUGGGCAGAAGACGGUGUACACCCUGGACAAGUCUCCACCUCAAUGCAGGGCCAACACCGAUACACAGCCCCCAAUAUACUAAUUGCUUGUAUUUCGUCACGUGACUUCUUCUUACUAAAGUUGGAGAAGAUGUUCAGGACAAAAGGCGGCAUUGCGGGACCCAAAAAGGGACCUUGUCGGAUUCACAAAAUCAGGCUCGCAGGGAGAUGGAGCCAAUCCCAGCUGACUUCAGGUGAAAGGCAGGGUCCACUCUGGACUGUUACCAGUCCUUCACAGGACACACAGACAGGGGAACAUAUUGAAACUAGACCAGACGUCAUCUGCUGCUUGAUAAAGUACCUUGGGGAGCCAACUACUGAAUGAAAGAACACUUACCAGGAUGUCAUCACUGAUUCGCUCCAAGAAGAAUAUUCUGCAUUCAGUGGCAGGACAUCAGCCAAUAGCCUUCACUCUGCUACUUGGAGACAUCACAAUAGUGUUGGUAUUUUCUUAUCCUUGUGUCAAAAUAGCAUUGGUGCCUUUCUGACAUCACAUGUGAGACUGUGUGCUGGCUGUGUUUAGAGAAGACCAUCAAGUGUCCAUCUCCUUGUUUGAGUGGACACAGCCGGUAGACGUUCUCCACGCUGAGCUUCAUUAAGCUGGACAUGCACUUAACACUUACAUUUACUCCAUUCAUGAAUGUGUCAGUUUUUUUUCUCAACUACUUUGGAGGUUCGGAUAAAUUGAAAUAUCAACAUCAUACGGGGGAAGAAAGACUCCAUAUUUAUAUGAUGGAGUUAUAUUUACUUCCACGGCUGCUGCUUAAUACGACGUCCAUGCUCAAGGUUGGAUGUACUUUGGAACUUAGAACAAAAACAAGUGUGAUGUCAAAUUAGAGCUGCGAGAUUUACCGGUAUUUUAGAAAGCCAUAUGUAUUUGGGACUUUAUCGCUAUACCUUUUUUUUUUAAUAAUAUUUUCAUGCUACUGUACGUUACAGCGUGAAAUUAGUAACUAAUACGCUGAAACACAACUAACAUUAACACGCUAACAAUUAACAUGUGUCACAUUAUCAAUUACCCUAUUUUUCGGAUCAUAAAUCGCUCCGGCCGAGAAUGCAUAAUAACGACAGAAAAAAAACAUACAUCGCACUGGAGUAUAAGUCUUAUUUUUGGUGGAAAUUUAUUUGAAAAAAAUCCAACACCAAGAAUAGACAUAUGGAAGGCAAUUUAAAAAAAAAAGAAUAGUGAACAACAGGCUGAAUAAUUUUAUGUUUUAUGACGCAUAGAUAACAAACUGAGAACGUGCCUGGUAUGUUAACGUAACAUAUUAUGGUAAGUGUCAUUCAAAUAACUUUCACAUAGAGAACAUGCUUUUAAGAUUACCAAACAAUCUGUCACUCUUAAUCGAUAAAUCCAAUGAAAUCUUCUUCCUCGAUGUCGCUUCUAAACAACUCUGCCAACUCCAAAGAUAUGCGCCGCUUCCUCUUGUUGUUUUCUGCUGCAUAUUUCACUACGUCCAGCUUGUAAUCUGCAGUACAUAACUUCCUUUUCGGUGCCAUUUUUGUUCAGCCCUUCUCAGUUUUUAUAAGUUACCGCCAAUGAUGAAAUGAUCCAUUUUAAUAGCUACGGCAGUAGCAUAUAGCAGUUAGCAAUCCAUGACCCAUAAUGCACUUCUGCCAUGACCCUACCCCGCCAAAUUAUUUUUGGUCGAUGUUUGUGACGAUUGCUGACAUUUUCUUCGUCUUUUCCGCGAAUAAGAUAAAUAAUAUUAUUUGAUAUUUUACGGUAAUGUGUUAAUUUCACAUAUGUCGCUCCGGAUUAUAUGUCGCACUAUGGCCGAACUAUGAAAAAACUGACUUAUAGUCCAAAAAAAUACGGUACAUGGAGCAUGAAAAGAGCAGAGGUAUUGCAUGAAACAGCAUGGACAAAGCAUUAAAAAGAUCGACGACACCAGAACGACCAACUGAAAAACCAGGCUUAAAUAAUUACAUGAUUGACACAGGUGCAUGAGUCCAAAACUUGAGACAGGUGAAACUAAUGAGUUGACAUGGAAACAAAACAAGAGGGUGAAAAAACAGGAACCAGUGGCAUUGUAAACGAACAAAACAUAACUAAACAAAACAUGAUCACAAGACAUGACAACAAGACAUACAAACACCAAACAAAACAUAUAACACAGAAAAAUGCAUGCAACAAAAAACAUUUCCACAUCAAAUUUCUACAUCAAAUCUUCUAACACAUUACCAUCUACAAGCAAAUGUUUUCCAUUUCAGUCAGUCAUACAAAUUGAUUUACUGGUGGUUUUCCUGGUCGAGAUGAAGAUGUUAUAUUUUGAUGUGUUCGUAGAUCAUUUUGAUGAUGUUUAGGGACUGUUUGACCCUACUCCGCCUUAGACUCGCCAUCAAAAAGUCCCUCUUCAUCAGCAAAAUGAUCUCCAAACAACACAUCCAAAUCAAACAUAUCUCCUUCAUUUUGAGCACAGAAACCACACAGGAUGGCUUCGUGGUCACUGAAAUAAGUGGACACCACUUCAAAGUACACAGCAUACUGCGUUGUUUUCACAUAAACAUGGUCAAUUAAUGUCCCAUUCUCUGUAGUUUCUUGUGUUACAUGCUGAUAAAAUCCAUUUUGGCCCAUUCAUUUAUAAAUUGAUGUGUGUUUGAGAAGGUCUUCAUUAAAAUCUCCCAUUAUAAGAA